UAUGGCGAAGGUUCACACUACAGUGAACACAGGGACCUGCCAUCCCAUAACAGCAUAACUUCGUCGUCAUUCCUGGGGUCUGGAAUAGUAGGAAAAGGUACAGAAAGAAGCAACUACCCAUUUGGAAGAGAUGCAGGCAUGCCAGCUAUCAAUCAGCCUGGCUUUCUGCCUAGCGAAAUAGGGAUUUCGAGUCCCAGCACGCUCUCCCCAACGGGGGUGAAGGGAAGCUCUCAGUACUACCCAUACACCAACAACCCUCGCAGAAGAGUCGCAGACAGCAACAUAGAUGGACAACCGAAAAAAGUCCGAAAGGUGCCUCCAGGACUCCCGUCUUCAGUGUAUCCACCCAACUCAGGUGAUGAAUACAGCAGGGACUCAGCCAACUACACAACUUCCAAGCCUCCCAGCACCGUCUACCCUGGAGCCUUCUACAUGCCAGAUGGGCUUCACAAUUCGGCAGAUCUGUGGAGUUCCUCCAGCAGCAUGAGCCAGUCGAAUUAUGGGGCCAUCUUGGGCACUUCUUCCUCCCCGCUUCCCCAGUCUAGCAACUUCAGCAGUCUUCACCAGCAUGAACGCAUGAAUUAUCAGAUGCAUUCGGGCGAAGUCAACGGUGGUCUCCCGUCAGUCCCUGGAUUUUCUUCAGCCUCCACUCAGUAUGGAGUGUCCAGCCACACUCCCCCGAUUGGAGGGACAGAAAAUGUCCUGGGUAAUCGAGGAACCUCCGCUGGCAGUUCAGGGGAUGCACUUGGAAAAGCAUUAGCUUCAAUCUACUCUCCAGAUCAUUCUAGCAAUAAUUUCUCUUCGAACCCAUCCACUCCGGUGGGCUCCCCUCAGGGAAUAACAGGUUCUUCGCAGUGGCCCCGAACAAGUGGACAGGGUGCCUUAUCCCCAAGCUACGAAGGCACCCUCCAUACUUUGCAAAACAAAAUGGAAGACCACUUGGACGAAGCCAUCCAUGUGCUGAGGAGCCAUGCAGUGGGCCAGACCAACCACAGGGACAUCCACGACUUGUUGGCAUCCGCUUCUGCGCACAGCACUUCUGUGGGCAGCCUUAGCCAGUCUUUUUCCCCGGCCUCUGUCUUGCCAAUCGCUAGUCGGCAUACGAACUUGGUGGGGGGAGGUCACCCUGAAGACAGCCUCUCUAGCAAUCCUGGUCUUCUCCACAACCAUGUUGCUCUCCCUGCCCAGACCAGCUCGCUUCCUGACCUCAGUAGAGGACAGUCUUCAGAUGCCUUUAGCGGCUUAACUGGGGGCCUGGGAAGGGCCAGCGUCUCCUCUGGCACCAGCGAGAUCAAGCGGGAGGACAAGGAGGAUGACGAAAACACAUCCGUGGCUGACAAUUCAGAAGAGGAGAAAAAGGAACUGAAGCCAUCUCGAAACAGAACAAGGUGCUCACUGAACAGCAGUACGGAUGAGGCGCUAUCCCUGGAGGACAAAGAUCUGAGGGACCGGGAGAGGCGGAUGGCCAAUAAUGCAAGGGAGAGGGUGCGCGUACGGGACAUUAACGAGGCCUUUAAAGAGCUGGGACGCAUGUGCCAGAUGCACUUAAAAACAGACAAAGCACAGACCAAACUCAUCAUCCUUCAGCAAGCAGUACAAGUCAUUCUAGGCUUGGAACAGCAAGUACGAGAACGCAAUCUCAACCCUAAAGCAGCUUGCUUGAAACGUCGCGAAGAGGAGAAAGUGUCUGGCGUGGUGGGUGAUCCCCAGAUGGCACUUUCGGCAUCUCAUGCAGGAUUAGGAGAUGGGCACAACCCCGUGGGACAUAUGUAAAGGUGAUUUGUUUUUUUCCCUUGACCUGGAAGAAGAUAUCUGUAGGAAGAAGCAAGGACUGGGUCAUUUUCACACCCCUGCUGGGUGUCUACGCCAGAAACUGCAGUCUUGUUGAAAUACUGACAUGGCAAUGGAAAUUCAGUGUGCUCGAAGGAACUUUUAUUUCCCUCCACCAGAAAGGAAAAGCAACAAUGUUAUCCAAAAAAAAAACCACAAAACACAAAAAACCCAACAGCAAAGAUUGCCUUAAACUGUAUAUUCUGGAACUCUUAAUGCAUAUCCUUCAGUGGGAGGUGGGGGGAGACAUUUAAGUGGCUUGCGUUCACAAAAGGCCAGCAGAAGAAAUUGUGCCUAUACGUUUGUUUCUUUUUUUUUCUUUUCUUUUUUUAAAAAGAACAUUAGUUACAAUAAUUUUUUAAAUGUAGAACAAACAUAGUAAUGCCUUUUUUGUUUUUUAAAGCUUCUUUUGCAUCUCUGUUUUGUAAGCAACAAAAAAAAUGUAAAAAGAGAGAGAGAGAGAGAGAGAGAGAGAAAGAGAGAAAGAAAGACUUGAUGAUUCCCCAUGCCUUUUUCUGCUGCUGUUUCUAUAGUUAUUGUUGCAUAUUAUUUUUUAAAUAAGAUCAACCAGAAAUAUUAAAAGUUUGUAUUAAGAGACUGGAUGUUUUUUAAAAAAGAAAAAGAAAAACAAAAGAAGAGAUUGGUACAAGGGAGGAUUUGUGUUUUGGCUCUGAGACAGUUGCGUGCGUUUAGCGAGCGGGUUAAAAUCUUCUCUAAGGCUUGUAGCUUUCAUAAUUAAAAGAGAGAACGAGAGAGGGGAGAAAAUACUGAUUAUCACCUCAGUUCCUUUUUGUCGCUUGGAAUGUUGGAGGGUUGGAGGGGGAAUGAAUCCAUCAGCUGCUAGUCUUUGUGUCAUCGUGGCUUAUGUCUUUCACCCAAAGGAUGCAACCAGUUGGAAUUCUGGGAAGUUUUCUGUUUGGUCUGGCCCUCUCCCAUCUUCCCUGCCACUCAAAGCAUUUCCAAUCCCUCCUAACAAAAAUAGAGAAAGAAUGACUCACAGCAUUUCUGAACAUUGGUUGGAAAACAUGGCUUUGAGUUGGGUGGCAGCCUCUGUGUCAAGCGCAAAGGAUCAGGACCAUAUGUUAAGUCGCAAUUCAGAAGGAUUUCUUGCUCGAGCCUAUACACAAGAAUCUCGUUGACCAAAGUUCAAAUCUGAACCGGCGCCAGAUAAGGGGUCAACGGAAUUCAAGGGGGGCUGGACUUGGACCAUUUGUGGGAACGUAACGACUUUAAGCUGAUGAUGUAUUUAACUCUGCCCCCUCCAGCUCUGCCUGCACUUCUACAUUCUGGGAGUUUGCAGAAGUAGUCUUCAAAGGCACAUAGGAGAUGGAAAACCAUUUGCCUUUUUUUAAGCACUGGUGCAAAUUGACAUGGAACAAAAGGAAGCAAAAGAUCCUAACAGGUUACAGUCAGAACAAAGAUCUCAUGGGAGAAAAGGAACAAGAAAGCCUUACCCAGUGAAAAAUAAAUAAAUGGAGAUAUAAAUAUAUAUCUAUUUAUCUAUAUAUAGAUAUAUAUAGAUAUAUAUGUAUGUAUAUCGCCAGAGAGAGAGAGUGGUAUGCAGAAUCCAAGUUGCUGUUGUGAAAAAAAAUACACACACCAAAGAAGACGCAUCAAUGAACUCUCCUACCCAGCUUGGCAAUGCUUCACGUCUCAGAACAUGCUGCUGCCAUCGCCCGUUGCAUUUCUGCAGAAAAUGCUGGUGGGGUGGCUCCAACUUUUCCCCUGAUCCCCGUGUGCUCUCAUGUGAGAUCUUCCCCGUUCUUCAUGGACAGAGAAGGAGAAUAUUGAUGUCUCCCCGAUGCCAGGGAAAUCCCCUGUAAGAUUGCUUCACCCCUGGGGAGGAAGAAAGGUAUCCUGUAUGCAGUAUUUCUCAACCUCAACAACUCAAAGAUAAGUAGACUUCAGCUCCCAGAAUUCCCCAGCCAGCGUUGCCGGCUGGGGGAUUCUGGGAGUUGAAGUCCACCUAUGUUCGAGUUGCUGAGGUUGACAAACAGUGAUCUAAUGCCACUGAGAGAGGUUAUUAUAAAGGGCUCCAUGGGGAUUGACUUUUCUGCAAAAUGUCUGCCUUGACCUCUCUGUAAAAAGGGAGAAAAGACCAGACACUGUACCUUUUGAUGACAAAGGAAAUGCCAGCCAAGUCAAAUUGGCAUGAUCUCUUCCAUUUUGUCCUCUGCUUUGACUGAAUUGCAGAAUUCUUGUUUUCUGAUCACAGGAGUGACUUCUGCACAAAAGUGGAAAUAGGAGGAAAGUUCUGAAGAACAUAGGAGAAGAAAUGUUGCAAAGGUCCUCCGGAGAGCCCUGACCUUCCCUCUCUUCCUUCUCUCUGUUCCAUGGGCAAAGUUGGAAACCAGGAUUGGGUUGUCGCUGGGUUCAAAUGGCUUUGCACGGACUGAGGGAGCAGAAUGGCACUUGCAAUCCAAACCACAUUUUCUUAUCACCACCAUGGUGAUAUGGGUUCUGCAAAGCAGAAAGGCUGGCCAGGUCCUUCUAGUGCCAGAUCUCCCCAAAUCUCUUUCUAGUCCACCAGCAUGAAACGAGCUUCUCCUUUAAUUAUGUUUUCGUUUUGUUUUGAUUGCUUAAAGGUAUUUCUGUUGAAAGGGGAGCAUCUUUCCAAGGUAUGUCUACACUACAAGCGCUAAGCUAGUUUCAGAUCACUAUCUGGAGAAAGUGUUGCUCCACUGUAGAACUUUUAAGACAGGUGGACAGCUGGCUGAGGAAUUCUGGGAGUUGGAAGUCCACCCAUCUUAUAAGUUGCCAAGGUUGAGAAACCCUGAGGAAUCCUGCAGGCUGAUAACAAUGUUAAGAGCUCUUGGUUCAUGAAUGUCUGCAUUCUCAGUGGGACCCUCUUAAAACUACGUUUUGCAGAUCUCCUGUAUUUAGGAACUGCCGUAGCCAGAAACGGGUUUGAAACCAGUUUUAGGUUUGUAAUAUAGAUGUGUCCCAAAGUCUCUUGGGAUAUUUAUUUUGGGGGGGGGGGUUGUUUAGGAGACAAAAAGGGACGAGCAGAAAAAAAAUUCAAGUUGUCAUGGGAAAAAUGUAACAUGUUUUGUUAUCAAAAAUAAGGGUUCAAGAAUGCAGAGAACAAAAUGUAACUUGAUUCCCAUUAAGAUAUAUUUUUUUAGAAGGGGUGGGGAAGGCUGUGUAUCUUUCAGUCCUUGUAGAGUGUUUUAAGGGUUCUUUUGUUAUUAUGGGUUUUUUUAUAUUAAAAAAAUGAUUUGUUUUGCUUUGGGAGGGCUGCCUCAAGCCAGACACAGUUUAAUCAUGGCAAUGUCUUAUGGAAAUGAAUGGACUAACUUAAGUCUUUCGGUGGACUUAAGUUUUAUCUAACUGUAUAUGGGUUGGAGUCUUGGUGUUUGCUGCCUAUGUGUAAAAAUCCAGCUGUACUUAACUGGCUGAGAUCCUUGUUAUUAAAUCAGAUACACAUUAUAGUUUUUAAAGAUAUAUAUAUAUAUAGUAUAAAUAAAUAAAAUAUAUAUAUAUAUGCCUAACACCAAUAAAAAAGGGAAAAAGAAAGAAAAGUAUUGGGGGGAGGGAAAGGGGCAAGAUAGUUUAAAAAUAAUUUUUUGGGACUGAUUCAGAAUUACUGGGAUGGGGAGCACGGGGGUUAAAGUUGUGUUUCUGAGUGCCUCAAGAUAUGGAUUGUGUUCAUUUUUAAAAAAAAUAUAUAUAUAAUAAUUUUAUACAAGUGUCAAGAAAAAAAACAGCUGGCUGGAUUAUUUGGAAUUUUUAAAUAAUCCUUAACUUUUUUAAAAGUAGAAUUUUGAGAACUGUCCUGUAUAUAACAGUAAUGUAGCAAUAAAUGUGACAUUUUAUAACAAUAUUACCUUUUACCCUUUCCCCAGAUCUGUCUUUCAGAUGUUGUAUACCUAUCAAUGAAAAAAAAGUUGUAAUAAAGGUUUUACCUUGUACUAAAA